GGUAAAAUGAAGUAAAUUGUUUAAAUCAGAUUCGAAGUGUUUCAAGUUUUUCGCGGUUUACUAAGUUUGUGAAAAGUUCUUCGGAAAAUAUGAAUUUUCGUCGUUUUCAACGCGAUCAUAUGUAUUCAGGCUCAUUUGAGUUCUUACACUUGGACGUUUAUUUGUUAUCUUGCUGCUUGGUGUAUGCCAUAGUAUAUAUAUCAAUGAGGAAGCCAACGAUAUUGUUCAGUCAAUACUCAAAAGUUAUGAAGAGAACCCACAAGCUGCAAGAUUUGAACAUGUCAUUGUUAUUUCAUCUGAGAAAUGCCAUCUAUUUCCAAAAAUGUUUAUAUGGUGUCCAAUGAGUCGAUUUAAAUUGGAACUCCGUUGUCCACAACAUGAUGAGCCUCUAAAGAUAUCCAGAUGGAUGGGAAAUCUAAAAUCUGAGGGAAGUGAUAAUCCAAGGCUUGUCUAUGACAUUGGUGGCAACAUAUUGCUGAUUCAGCGACAUUACAGUUGCAGCAUGAACCUUGAAGGCAGCAACGGAAGUGGACAUAGAUACAUGUCUGGGGCUGUUGAAAUCAUGCAGAUGUUACCAACUUAUGCUCGACAAUCAUUUCCCAUUGAAAUCCAUUUUAAGUCAGCAAUCUCUCGACAAUUAUUGGAUUAUCUUUUAAUCCAAGUUCAACAAGGAACAAACUUCAUGAAGAUAUGUCAAGGGAUCGGUUCGCUUAAUUUCCGUGAAUACAUUGCUCGACAUUUUAACCAGCCAAAUCGUGAAGGAAGCUCAGAGGAUAUUGAGAGUGCUUUUUAUCAGAAUUUUCUUUAUUCAUUUCCAAGCAAUGACAAACUGAUGCAUUUGUUCCUAAGCUAUUAUGACAAGACAAAGGAACUUCUUGAGCAGGAUAUGAGAAGUCAUAUUGGAAAUAUCUUGAUAUGUGAUCAUACUUUCAAACUGGGCAGCCAUAUUGGAGAGCGUUCAAGUCGCAAGGAGCCAAGCGAUGGACAGUUUGAUAGGGCUUUCAUUGGAUUAAAUGAACAUGGUGAGGUGAUGUUUCUACGUUUGACAAGAGAAGCUGGCUUUGAACAAGUUGAAGAUCUAUUGCAAGAUUUCAAACUACGACUUGUAAAUGAAGGUAUUCAACUGGAAUUGAUUUUGGUUGAAGAUUGUUGUAUUUCCCAAGAUCAUCUGUCACAUAUUUUUGGUGAUGUCCCAGUAAAAUUGAGUCCUUUCCAUGCAACGCAGCGUGUUCUCGAGUCUCUUCCACCGUGGUUCAAAGACAUGAAAAGAUUUGCGAAGGAUUUUCGUUUGGUUUUCAGAGCUAAAGACGAUCGAAACGAUGAACGAUUUCAAAACACUCCUGAAGGCAGUGUUAUCAACGAUAAUCUAGAACACUUUAUGACAAGAUGGUCCAACAAACUGCCUGAGGAGACUGUCGAAAGAAUUCACGAUUUACGUGAACAUAUCGAGCGUGGAUGUCUUUCAGGAAUUCCGCCUGGUGAGGGUACGGAACGAAAUGAAAAGUUACACGACUUUUUGACGGAAUCUCUGCUUUGUGCUGCGAAAUCUCUUUCACCGGAGCUUGCGAUUGCUAUUCUUGCUUAUGUGCUUUACGUGUGGAAUUGUCAACGAAAAGCAAGAAAACACAACAGCAACUGCAGAGUUGUUCCCACAAUUCCCAUCGAGACAAAACAGCCAUUUAGCUCUUCAGAUAUUUAUAAGAUGUGUUUGAAAGCGGAUGGUAAACUGAAUACAGAACUUAUCUGGAGGAAAGCAUCAGAAUUGGGAAUUCAUCAGUUUAUACAAGUGGAAUUUGAAGCUGUAACUGACGUUGCGUGUUUGGAAAAUGAAAAUCUAGUUAAGUACGCCAUUACGAGAGCGUUACAUCUGCAAGAAAUAUUCAAUCUCGUUGCUCAAAAAUCUGAUAAGAAAAAUUUGAACGUCGUCGAGUUUCCUUAUUAUUGGGUAAAAGGAUAUAGUUUUCUUUUGAGAUGUGUCACGACGGAAUGUGAAGAUAUUCUUAAUAAUGGCGCAGAAAAAACAAUUAAUGAAGAUGCUUUGGAAAGAAAUUUGGCUUCAUUUGGUUUAGAGAGAAAUGCUGUCGCGUCAGACGGAAAUUGUUGUUUCACUAGUAUUGUUUCACAACUUUUUAAACUCAAAGAUUCUCAAGCAAUUUCCAAGGAAUAUGACGAUUUUCUCAUCGAUUUAGGUUUGUACAAAAGCAUCGAGGAAGAUGCCACAACGCUCCGUCUACUUUUUACAAAGGAAGUUUCCGAAAAUCUUGAUGUUUACAAAAAAUGGGUUAAUCUCUCUGACUGUGAAGCUCAGUACGAGAUUGAGCAAUUCUCGAAGCCUGGAUGGUUCAGUUCAGAUAUUGGUGAUCUUUGUGUCAUGGUUUGUAGUCGUAUCGUUCAAUCUCCAAUAGUCGUGAUUACGUCAUACAUUCACGCUCCUUAUCUGCCUUUUGUACCUGAGAAGCUAUCAUCCUCUCAACCGUUAUUCAUUGCCUUCGAUCAUACGGCACCAGGCCACUAUGACUCAACACAAGAGUUACUGUUGGUAAAGAACACAAUGCUUACAAAAUGCUGUUGUGGUAAAAGUCGCCGGGGAGAAAAAUCUAUCGGAUUAUCUUCUUGCAGUGAAAGUGAAGCCGGUCAUUCAAAAUGCUCGUGUCUUAAACUUGGCCAAGCUUGCAACAGAAUGUGUCGUUGUAGAAACUGUUGUAAUCCGCUGAACGAAAAGGAAAGAAAGUUUCGUCCAGCGAGAAAGAAUAGGAAAGCAUGUAUGUGUGGUAAUGGAAGGAAGGAAAGCGAUGGCAUAUUUAUCUCAUGUAAAGAUAAAGACACACGUAAAUCAAAGUGUCCGUGUUUACGUGACAGUGUUGGAUGCACAAACGACUGUCGAUGUCGUAACUGUGGAAAUAUAUACAACUCACCUGAUUUUAUACCCGGUGGUAAGAGAGGAUGCGAGGAAGAACUUUCGACGUUUAAAGGAAAAGCAAAACGCAGACGAAGCAAUCCUCAGUCUUAUAAGCGGAUCAAAGGUGCCGUGUUCGCAUCGAACCAGGAUGGCGAGGUUUCAAGUGGAGUGUGGUCAGAGCUAGAAACCAUUAUGCUAGUUGUGAUUCAAGAAAUUUUGUUUUUGACGGAACUACCAUCGGAAACAUCCAACAUAAUAUCACUUUAUCAGUUCAUCGCGGUAUCAGAAUUUGUUACAGAGAUGAAACUUCCCAUCGUUAAAAAGGAAAAUGUUGAAAUUGAAGCAAAAUUGGUUGAAAUGAUCGCUAAACAACAGCUAAUGCUGGAAGGACUUAACCCAAGAACUUUAACCGUUAGUGACGUGGCAAUGAGUGCUGUUGAAAACUAGUCUUUUUACAUUUCUCGAAAGAAAGACUUAUAGUUUUUGCCAUUCAAUGAAAACUAUACCUGUUCGAUAAAACUUGCUUAGAAUUUUAUAAAAAACAAUCGUUUUUUUUCUGUUUUAAGAGCUAUUAGUGGUUUUUUGAAUAUUUUUUUAUAGAUACCAUGCUGUAAUAAAACUGUUGCUAUUGUGUUCGA